CUUUGCGCUUGUGCGGUGACAAAUAUCGACACAGAGUGGACCAGGAGCGGUGACUUUAGACUUUUGUUUUUGGAGAGCUCUUUUUUUUCAGAGCUGUAUCUUCUCAGUUUUGAUAGAAGUCAAACUUUUAGACCUGAUGCGCUCUCUUCCUAAUUCUGUCGUCUCAAUAACACUGUAAAUGUAGGCCCACUGUGUUUCUCAGCUCAGCUCACUUCGACCAUCUGGACCUCAGUCCACAGUGAGGUGGCUCAGUGUUACUCUACACAUGGAGACUUCCAGGAUGAGCCAGCGGGUGUUUUAAUAAAAUUAUUCGACCAGGAGACGAGCUUAUCGGUGUGAUGAAGGAUCGACUGGCUGAACUAACCGCUAGUACGACACAAGCAGAGGAGGAUGUUGCAGUCACAGUGGACAGAGAUGGCUUCAUGGAAAGCUUUUUCAGGAGGGUGGAAGAAGUUAGAGGACUCAUUGAUAAGAUCUCCUACCAAGUGGAGGAGGUGAGGAAGAUACACAGCAUGAUCCUGUCUGCACCCAACCCUGAUGACAGAACAAAGGAUCAGCUGGAUGCGCUGACCAGUGAUAUCAAAGGGAAUGCCAAUGUUGUGCGAACGAAACUAAAAUCCAUGGAGCUAAGUAUGCCCAAAGAUGAUGUGGUUAACAGAUCCUCAGUUGACUUCAGGAUCCAGAAAACACAGCACACAGUGCUGUCCAGGAAGUUUGUGGAGGCCAUGACCCAGUACAAUGAGACGCAAGUGUCCUUUCGGGAAAGAAGCAAAGGAAGGAUCCAGAGACAGCUGGAGAUAACUGGAAGAGUGACCACUAAUGAGGAGCUGGAGGAGAUGUUAGAAAGUGGAAAUCCAUCAAUCUUCACAUCGGAUAUCAUUUCUGAUUCCCAGAUCACACGUCAGGCCGUAAAUGAGAUAGAGUCAAGACACCAGGACAUCAUGCGUCUGGAGUCGAGCAUCAGAGAGCUGCAUGCCAUGUUCAUGGACAUGGCAAUGCUGGUAGAGACGCAGGGGGAUAUGGUUAACAACAUUGAGAAGAACAUCUCCAAUGCAGCCGAAUACAUUUUUCGUGCAAAGGAAGAGACCAAGAAAGCAGUGAGAUACCAGAAAAAAUCCCGGAGGAAACUUCUCUGCCUUGCUACAUGUGGUGCUGCAGGUUUCCUCCUUUUACUCAUCAUAAUAGUUGGAGUCUUUGAGUGAUGGAUAUCAUGGUUCACAACCUUACAGCAGUCAGCUGCUCCUGUGGUGAUGAGGCAGGGAGCAGCUUUAUAAUAAGACUGUCAUUCACUAUCCAACAGCAUUACAGAGAUGAUCUCUUGACCAGAGUGAAGUAAGUAUAAUGCGUGUGUGACCCACUUUGUGCAAGUAACAUCAGACCUCAUGAUACACUGUUCUUGAGCAAUUUUAUACAGCUAGAAUAAAGUAUCCUGUCUGCACAUAUCGCUUUGCCUUAGAUGUGAUGUAAUGAAAACUGACAGCACAUCAGAUUUAUAUGCUGGUGUACGUCCUGUAUUGCUGCCAUUUUUUUUUUCAUGUUGGGUAUCACUUUUGGACAUUUCUUGGUCUAAUGGCUUUAAAGGACUAGUUUUAUGUUUUGAGAAAUCUGCUUAUUGGCCUUCUUUCAGACAGAUGAGAAGAUUGAUGCCAUUCUCGUGUGUAUGGUGAAUAUGAAGCUACCACCUGCAGCCUCAUAGCUUAGCUUAACAUAAAGACUGGAAAAACAGCUAGCCUGGUUCUGUCCAAAGGUCCAAACAAAACUCAUGACACGUCAAGGUUUUAGGGGGUAUUAUGUGCCAAACUAUUUCUUGGCCAGGUGUAGUGUCUUCCUGGAGUCUUGCUGCCGUUGUGAGGUUUGCUCGUAGGCCAGGCAACUAGUGGACGCUCCAGGAAAUCACUGAUGCUGGUACAUCCAUACACCCCUUUUAAAACUACAAUGAACGGAAUAAACAAACAAGAUAUAAUAUGGUAGACUGUGAGCCUUAGAUACGCCUUUUAGGCUAAUUUUGUUACCUUUGGACAGAACUGUUUCCCUUAGUUUCCUUUCUUUGUACUGAGCUAAGUGGUUGGCUGCAGCUUCGUAUUUAGCAUAGAGAUAUGAGAGUGGCAUCAGUCUUCUCACUUUACUUUAAGAAAGAAAUUGCUUAUAUAAACUAUUGUAUAAUCCUUAUGUCCUCAUUGUCCUUUUGUAUAUUUACUGUUAUUCAUGUGAACUGAAUGUAAAACUGCUGCAGCUCAGGAGUUCCGUAGGAAUAGCAAAAUGUAAAAAAAUAUAGAUAUACAUAUAUUCCCUGUAAGCAUUUCUACUGAAUUGUGUUUUAAUCGGAAGAAAUAUUUUCAGAUCAAACAAAUGGGAUUCAUCAAUUCAUUUCAUAACUCUUAUAAAAGUGCCUUCUUGAUAUUUAAUAUGAAACUUUAACUUAUUCAGUUGUGUUUAUCCCAAUCACUGUGUGUGAUGACUGAAAUAUUAAUUGUGAAAAAAGUCAUGCUGGACUCUUGGAUGAUAUUUCAAGAGCGCACGUUUGCAAUUUGAUACAUUUGAUUAAUGUUUUUUUUAUGUUUUUAAGUUAUCUUGUAUUUUAUAUUAAAGCAGAAUAAUUAAGCCAGGUAUUUGAAAAUAAAGAGUAGAAAGUCU